AUGGUGUUUAUCACAGAAGAACUCGUCAGAAAACGCGCUGAACACAACGAACUUGAAAUUGGCAGCCUCGAAGAAUUGUCUCUCCACCAACUUGACAUCGAAAAAAUAGAACACAUCGACAAAUGGUGCAAACAGCUUAAAAUUCUCUAUCUUCACAGCAACAUCAUCUUCAAAAUCGAGAACGUCAGCAGGAUGAAGAAGCUCGAGUACAUCAACUUGACCCUCAACUGCAUCGAAGUGAUCGAAGGAAUGGAAGGAUGCGAAAGUUUGAACAAACUCGAUCUCACGGCAAAUUUUGUCGGCGACAUGAGACACCUCAAAAAUCUCCAGAAAAAUGAAUUCCUCAAAACUCUGUAUCUAACCGGAAACAUUUGCUGCAAAUACGAGUAUUACCGUGAAUACGUAAUCACAAUCCUGCCACAGCUCAAGGAACUCGACGGAGAAGUAAUUACAACAUCGGAACGACUGGAAGCAAAAAGAAUCUUCGAAAAAGUUGAAAAUGCAAUCGAACGACAAUCAGAACUGUACCUAGAAAUCCGAGAGAGACAGAAGUUCGACUACGAAAGAAAAGCAAAAACGACGGGAGACGAGUUUUGGAACGAGGAAGAUGAGGACUCGCCGGAGAAUAGAAGAGACAUGCGAAUUGAAGCGACGAGGCAGAAAGAAGAAAAUAAGGAUCACAAGCCGAUGUUUGAAAAACCAGAUUACAAGCGCGAAAUCCGCUACUUCGCAAAAGACGGUCGACCUCUGAACGUCAACCCGAGCGGCGUAGAAUUCACCAUUGACGAAGACCAACCGAAAAACGUCGAGCUUCGGCUGAAGAUCCCGAAGUUUAUGGACACUGAAUUGAUCGACAUUGACUCCCAGCCGACCUACAUCCGAUUGAGCAUCAACGGCAAACCCUUCCAAAUCGUUUGGAAAGAAGAAGUCAAGCCAGACGAUGGAACUGCUCAGCGAUCGAAGAUUACAGGAGAACUGCUCAUUAAAAUUCCAAAACUCAAUCCAGGAAAAGAAAAUCCAAAAGAAAAGAAAGAAGCUUCAAGAAAAACUCUCGAACCAGAAUCGCAAAAGGAAGAAAAGAAAACAGUCGACUACAGAAACAUCGUCAAAGAAGCAGAACAGGGAAAGAAAGAACAACUUAAAAAGAAGGAAAAACCAAAGACGAGGGCGAACGAUGACGAUUUCGUCGAUGAUCUGGGCAUUCCACCUCUUGAAACUGUCAAACGAUGA